CUACAUUGUGUCUAUUGUAUGUUUUUUUCUUUUUCCCCUCUGACGUUUUGUACAUUUUACGGGAGUUUAAAUCGGGAGUGAAAAGCAUGGCAGAUGAGCAAGAAAUUAUGUGCAAACUCGAGAGUAUCAAGGAGAUCAGGAAUAAGACUUUGCAGAUGGAAAAAAUAAAGGCACGACUGAAAGCAGAAUUUGAAGCCCUGGAGUCUGAGGAGAGGCACCUGAAAGAAUACAAACAGGAAAUGGACCUACUGCUGCAAGAGAAGAUGGCCCAUGUGGAGGAGCUGCGACUGAUCCAUGCUGAUAUUAAUGUGAUGGAGAAUACUAUCAAGCAGUCGGAGAACGAUCUCAACAAGCUCUUGGAAUCUACCCGUCGCCUGCAUGAGGAGUAUAAACCCCUGAAGGAGCAUGUAGAUGCUUUGCGGAUGACUCUGGGAUUGCAGAGACUGCCAGAUCUAUGCGAGGAGGAAGAGAAACUGUCCCUUGACUACUUUGAAAAGCAGAAAGCAGAAUGGCAGACCCCCCUCCAAGGGUCUCUGGCUGCAGCUGCAGCGGCUGCCCAACAGCUGCAGGUGGCUAGGAAACAAGAUACCAGACAGACAGCAACUUUCAGACAACAGCCACCUCCAAUGAAGGCAUGUUUAUCGUGUCACCAACAAAUUCAUCGGAAUGCGCCCAUUUGUCCACUCUGCAAAGCAAAGAGCCGAUCUCGGAAUCCCAAAAAGCCCAAGAGGAAACAGGAUGAAUGAAACCCAGAAGACUGACAAGCAAACGCUUGACCUGUUCCAGUACUCUUCCAGUAGAACUGCAAAUUUGGCCAGACUUUACUGAAGUGCAGACUCAAGUAUGACCAACCCACUGAUUUCUGUUUAAUGCAGUGUAAGCACAAUGUUCCUGUUCUGUCUUAAUUUCCUUCCAGACCAUAGGAUUUGGUUUUAGGAAAGCAAGUAUUACUGGUGCUACAGUUUAACAUUUCAAUCAUUCCAUCUUCUGGACUUCUAAACAAAGUAGAAUUCUUAUGCAAGUAUCCUAAAUGCCAGGCUUUUCCUAUUGGCCAAAUGUGAUUACCACAAAGGCUUUUACGUUCUCUUUUUAAAAACAGAUGUUACUAAAAGAUUAUUGUGUUUUCUCCUGAUAACAGGAUACUAUUUGAAGUGCUGAAAUAGCAGGUGUGUCUGUUUUUUUCACUAAAG